AUGGAGGUAACAUCUACAAGUCUUCUUGGUAUGGCAUUAGUUCUUGGAAACAAUUUAAAGUUAUUUGAGACCUUAAUUGAGGUUUCUAGCGAAGAAAAACCAGCUACACCUUUAAUGGUAGCUGAAAAAGCUGGUUUAAAAGAGAGAUAUGUUAAAGAGUGGCUGUGUUGUGUUGCUUGCGGUGGAAUCAUCGAAAUGGACAAAAGUGGCGAGCGUUUUUGGCUUACUAAAGAAAAUGCGGAUGUUUUAUGCGGUCCAAAUGCCUCUUAUAUGAUUCCAAUGAUAAGCACAUUCUUCCAGUUCACUCAUCUUAUGCCUCAACUUCAAGAAGUUUUCAAGCGCAGUGGACCAUAUGGAAUGACUUUUGACGAUUACCCGGGUAUAUAUCAGUUCAUUGACUAUGCCUCUCAGGAAAAAUACAAAAAUCAUUUUAUUCCCGACUUUAUUCCUCUGACUGGUAUGUCGGAAAAAUUAAGGGAAGGAAAUUUAAAUGUGCUGGAUGUAGGCUGUGGUACUGGCUUUCACUCACUGAUGUGUGCCAAACAUUUCCCCAGUUCGUCAUUUAUUGCUUGUGACUUCAGCAAAGAAUCCAUUGAUACUGGAAUUAGUCGGAAAAAUAACCUUAAACUGGAGAACUUGAAUUUCCUUGUUAUGGAUGUUAGAGAGUUGCCGGUUGAGUGGACAAAAAAAUUCGACUGGGUAAUGAUGUACAACGUCUGCCAUGAUCUUAUACGUCCGGAUCUUACGUUGAAAGAAAUUCGUCGAGUGCUCAAGGAUGGUGGAGUGUUUACGAUGGCAGAUAUCAAUGGAACCAGUAAUGCUUAUGAAGACAAACAAAUCGAUCAGUUGGGUUCAACCAUGCAGUAUGCAGUUUCUCUAUUCCAUUGUCUGCCAGUUGGAAGUAACGCAUCUGGUAAGUUGAAAUGGGUAUAUUGUUAA